AUGUCGAGUCACCACAAGCGAAAAAGAUCUCAUUCACGCGAUUCUACACAUCGCUCUUCGAAGUCUAAAAAGUCUUCAAGCUCAACAGAGCAGUCAGACCAUGCCAAAAUUGACGAAGAAAUGCUUCUCCAGCUUCGGGCCAUCUCAUCUACAGUUUCAGAUCUUAAAUCUAACAUGGAGGUGUGUAAUAGAAGAAUUUCCCAGCUCGAAGAUGUCUUUACUAGCGAGAAUAUGACACAUUCUCACUCAGAAAAACAACCAGAGCCUUGCCGGGACGGCGACACGCUUUCGAUUUUGGCGGGAAAUGACAAUCCUGAAAAUUUUGAGGAUUUGGCUAUUGAGCCACCAGAGCAGGCUAUUGAGCCAUCAGAGCAGGCUAUUAAGCCACCAAACUCUGCCGUACAGCUAAACACUAGCGAUGAUAUUUGUGGCGACAGAAUUGAUCCUUCAAAACAACAAUCAGUUGAACUCAGCAACGCUAGCGAAGGUCAGCCAGGUUUAUACGACCCCGAAGCUGUUACGACAUCGUGGUCUCCAUCUCAGGAGUUUAAGGAUUUUUUAGAGAAAAAUUUUCGAAGGAAACUAUCCUUUGAUCACAUAUGUGAUAUUUUGGAGGAACAAGCUAUUCCUCAGGUAGAUUCCCUCGUUGCUCCUACUCUUGAUCCACCAAUGUUGUCUCAUGUUUCAUAUCAAAAUAAAAAGUUUGUGCAGGAGCGAGAUAAAGAGCUCGCUGUUGUUCAACGUGCUAUGUUGAACAUCACAGGCCCAUUAAGCACAUUACAUGACCGUUUAGAAAACAACCUUCCUGUUAGCCCUACUGAGCUCAAGUUGCUUGUUGAACAAUCCCUUUGUUUAGUUGGUUCGGCUAACUCACAAUUAUCGGUACUCCGCCGCAAGAAG